ACAGGUCCCAACACCACCCCUCCGCUCAAUGGUAUCGUCCGCCACCACGCCAUUCCACCCCCACCGCUCCCUCUCAGUGGUCGCGUCCGCACUUUCUACCCAAACAUGGCGGCGGGAGGGGAGGCGGUUGCCAACGGCGACAACCGGCUGCACUUUAAUCUCAGCGUCCCUUUCCCAUCGGCAAGGGAGGCACAGAUCGCCUUGGGAUCCCUCAGCCCGGACGCCGAGCCCAGGAAAGGGGGAAUCAGCAGAACUUUAACCGUACAAGACUGCACACUUCAGGGCCACUGGGAGGCAGAAGAGGCCAGAAUCCUCCGUGUGUCCGUCAGCUCCUUCCUGGACAACCUCAGCCUGGUGCUGGAGACCAUGGACAGAUUUGGACCGGCCAGCUUCAGCUAGGGGCGGGGGGUCCGCGGGCAACGAGUCCAGGGGUGGCCAGUCCCGGGGGUUGCUGUUCGUGGGUGAUUCAGGAGGCUGCCUCCCAAGCAGGAAGUGCAAACGGAUGUGUGGAAGCAGCAGACUGCAGGAAUAAACUGCGGAGUGUCGACGGCCACUUUUUUCUUA